GUCGGCAACGGACCAGGCGGCAGCACGAGUCCUCCCGACGGCGUUGCCCUUGUCGCAUUGUGUGCACCCGCUCUCCGACAACCCGCGGCGCCGCGGCCACUGUCGUGUUCAUCGGCAGCGCGGCGAGUGCGCCAGAAAAAAAACGAGCGACUGAGCCCGCCACCCACCCAGUCAGUCAGUCGGCAAGCCCUCCGCGCUCCGAGAAGGACGUCUUCUCGGCUAUGGUACGCCUCAACGGCAUCGCACGCGGGAACGCCGUCGUCUGCUCCGUCUGCGAGAGACGUCGUCUGAUUCCCUCGCCGCCGUUCCGCGGAUGCUGCGGACGCUGGUCGUCGGUUGUUCUGGCGAUGUCGUGGUUGAUUCUGGUGUUCGGGGCGGCGGCGGUGACGUCGACUUUGACGGAGAAGCCCAACGUCCCUGGCGGUGCCGGGUCUCUGGACCUGGAGGCAGCGGCGGCCGCGGCGAGUUCGAGUCCUGGGCCGAGGACGCCUUCGAAGUUCGGGGUCAAUGUAUGUUUCCGGGGAUCGAUACCACAGUGCUGCGAUGGCUGGACGAGGAGGUAUGGGCGAGGAGGGCACUGCAUCACGCCCGUGUGCAGGAGACCGUGCGGCGGAGGGUACUGCGUUCGCCCCAACACGUGCCGAUGUCCCAGCGGACAGCUGGCACCGUCCUGUCCCAUCUCCCCCCUCCUGUCCAAGCCGAGGCCAGGCUCGGGUCCCGUGCCGUCUCUUCCCGCUCCAGUCGGAACGGGUGCCCCGAGACACAUCACGCCGGACGCCACUCUCGGUUUGUGCCGAGAGCCCUGUCAGAAUGGAGGUCGCUGCAUCGGCAAGGAUCGAUGUGCUUGCGUCUACGGCUACACAGGAAGACAUUGUGAAAGGGACUACCGAACCGGGCCGUGCUUCCGGAAGCUCCGGCAAUCCUUUUGCUCCGACCAGCUUGCCGGAGUGGUGUGCACGCGCCAGCUGUGCUGCGCCACCGUGGGUGUCGCCUGGGGACACCCCUGCGAGGGCUGCCCGUCUCAGCUGGAGUGCGACAAGGGAUACAUCACCAACAUUCACUCAAGAGGAUGCCAAGAUGUCAAUGAAUGUGAGGCCAUUCCCGGUUUAUGUGACGAGGGCAUCUGUGUCAACACGCCCGGGUCCUUUCGCUGCGAGUGCAAAGAAGGUUACGAGAGAAACGAACGCAGCCACAAGUGUGAAGAUAUUGACGAGUGUCUUCGUGACUUGGACGUCUGCAACGGCGGCCACUGCAUCAACACGGCCGGCAGCUACUACUGCCUCUGCAACUCCGGGACGGUACCCAGUCGAGACAGAAAGACGUGUCUAGACACUAGCCAGGAGUACUGCUACACAGAAUACCGAGGACUGGGACAGUGCAGACAUCCCCUACCAGUGCGGCUCACCAAGGUGGAGUGCUGCUGCCGCGACGAUAAAACUGGAUGGGGUGAACCCUGCGAACGCUGCCCCAGGAACGGCACUGCUGAAUAUAAACGUCUCUGCAGAUCACCUGAAAUGGAGGCCAACGAUUGCGACCUUCGACCUGGCCUUUGCGCGGGAGGACGCUGCAUCAACACGCGCACGGGAUACCGUUGCGAGUGCGGCGACGGCUACAGAGUCUCCUCCGGAGGCAAGGCCUGCGAAGAGAUUGAUGAAUGUGCUGAAAACAACUACUGCUCCCUGGGAAAGUGCAUCAACACCAAGGGCAGUUUUCGGUGCAUCUGUCCACCAGGAUUUGAUGCGACGCCCGACGGAACAGACUGCAGUGAUCGAGAUGAGUGCAAGGAGAGUGGCAUGUGCAGUCACGGCCGCUGCGUCAACAUGGCUGGGUCUUACAAGUGCGAGUGUGACCGUGGCUUCACCCUGUCCACUAGUGGACGAGCCUGUGUUGACAUUGAUGAGUGUCUGGACAACAACCGCAUCUGCCUCAAGGGUGGUGUCUGCGAGAAUGUGCCAGGCAGCUACCGGUGUGUCUGCAACAAUGGCUAUGUCCUGUCCCAAGACGGACAGUUCUGUGUAGAUGUGAACGAGUGUGCAGACACGAACAUGUGCCAGAAUGGAGUGUGCAUCAACAUGGAUGGCAGUGUCAAGUGCAGGUGCAAUCCGGGAUUUAAACAGUCUUUCGACGGGCAUCAUUGCAUCGACAUGGAUGAAUGCUACGAACUGGAAAACACGUGUGGGAGUGGACGCUGUGAAAAUACUGUUGGUAGCUUCCGGUGCCUUUGUGAUGAUGGUUUCAGCAUUGGUCCUGGUGGAAGAUCCUGUAUUGACACCAGGCGCGACUACUGCUACACGAUGCAUCAGAACGGAGUGUGCGGCCAGCCCUCGACCAUGCUCGUGAAAAAAUCGGCCUGUUGCUGCGCCGCUCAUAACGGAGGUCAGGUCGCCUGGGGUGCCCAGUGCAAACCGUGCCCGUCUCCCGGGUCCCCGGAAUACUCCAGGCUGUGCCCCAACGGAACUGGAACUGGCCCCAGUGGAGAGGACAUCAACGAGUGCUGGGUCUUCCCCCAAAUGUGCCCCAAUGGUGCCUGCGAGAACCUCAAGGGAAGCUACCGCUGCAUCUGCAAUCCAGGCUAUCAGGUGGACAACACAGGCAAGGUAUGUUCAGAUAUAAACGAAUGCAAGGUCAACCUGCUGCUUUGCGAGAAUGGACUCUGCCGGAACACCCCAGGGAGCCACCAGUGCACCUGUCCUGCGGGCUACCGACACAACGCGCAUACCAGUACCUGCGAAGACAUUGACGAGUGCAACGGCAACGGAAGAGGUCACUGCGUUGGGGGUGUCUGCAUAAAUACGCCAGGAAGCUACCGCUGCGACUGUCCCUCUGGAAUGACUCUCGACGCGUCUAGGCACGUCUGCAUUGAUAACCGUAAGGGUUCGUGCUGGCUGAGCGUGAGAGACGGCCAAUGCGAGAAUGAUGUCAAGAGGAGCAUGCUUCGGUCGGAGUGCUGUUCCUCCGUGGGCAAGGCCUGGGGUAGCCCCUGCCAGCUCUGCUCUGUGUUGGAACAAGAUCCAAAAGGACGAAAGUGCCCGAAAGGUCACGUGAUGCUCGAUGGGAGCACGUGCACUGACGUCAACGAAUGCGAGCUGUUCCCCAACAUCUGCCAGGGAGGCGGCCUCUGCGUCAACAGCGAGGGCUCGUACAAAUGCAACUGUCCACCGGGACUUACGCUGGACCCGGGAGGAACCAAGUGCAUUGAUCUCCGAGAAGAGUCAUGCUACUCUUCGUUCGAAGACGGGCGCUGUUCACGGGCAAUGUACGGGCUCUUCCGGAAAAGCAUCUGCUGCUGCACCGUGGGCAAGGCUUGGGGCUACCACUGCGAGGCCUGUCCGAGACCUGGAACCGAGGCCUACAAGGAGCUCUGCCCCAAGGGGUCCGGCUAUGGCCCAAUCAGCCGAGGUGGCGACGCCCUAGUCCCCGCCACCAUUGACUUGAAUGAAUGCCUCUAUUUUCCUGGCCUCUGCCAGAACGGGCGCUGCCAGAACAGCAUCGGCAGCUUCACUUGCACAUGCAACCAAGGAUUUGCUCUCGACCAAGAGGGGAUCAACUGCACAGACAUCGACGAGUGCAGCAUCACCCAUGGAAUCUGCAGCAACGGAACGUGCAGGAACACCGCGGGAUCUUUCCUGUGCGAGUGCAACGAUGGCUUUGAGAGUGCCAUGCAAGCCUGCAUGGAUGUGGACGAGUGCUCUCAGAUAAGGGGCCUGUGUCGUGGUGGACAGUGCAUCAACACCCCAGGUUCUUUCCACUGUGAAUGUCCACAGGGGCAUGAGCUCACUCCAAACAGAAAGGCGUGCAAAGAUAUUGACGAGUGCAGUACGACAAGUGGGAUCUGCUCGAAUGGAAUUUGUGAGAACACGAUGGGGACCUACCAGUGCUUCUGCAACCAAGGCUACAGGCAGAACAACCAGCAGACUAGCUGCGAAGAUAUCGAUGAAUGUGAGCACAACAGAGGAAACUGCAGGUCACUGUGCACAAACACCCCGGGAAGCUACUACUGUGCUUGCGAACCUGGCUAUGCACUGCUACCAGAUGGAGUCAGCUGUACUGAUGUCGACGAGUGCAAGACGGACCCCGACGUUUGUAACGGCGGCAAGUGCCGCAACCUUCCGGGAGACUACGUCUGCACUUGCACGGAGGGGCUCCUUCCUGACCCUGAUGGCAAAGGCUGCAUCGACUACGACGAAUGCGAGGCCAAUCCAAGGUUGUGUACUCACGGACGCUGUGAGAAUACCCUCGGUUCGUACAUCUGUCGCUGUCAGAUUGGCUACUCGGUCAAGGAGGGCCAAAUCCACUGCACUGACGACGAUGAAUGCACAAACGGGAGCAACGACUGCCACGAGUUUGCAGACUGCACCAACCUGGACGGGUCCUAUCGCUGUACCUGCCGAGAGGGUUUCGACGGCGAUGGUGUCACCUGCAAAGAUGUGAACGAAUGCCUGAGGGAGAAUGGAGGUUGCGACACGGAUGCAGACUGCAUCAACACGGACGGCUCCUUCAAGUGUGUCUGCGAUGAAGGAUUCGAAGGCAAUGGAUUCCACUGCAGAGACAAGGAUGAAUGCAGCAUCACUACAGCCAUCUGCGAGAAUGGACAGUGCGUCAACUAUGCUGGCUCCUAUCGAUGUGAAUGUGAUAUGGGAUUUUCACAGACGGAUAACAUGCAGGCUUGUGUGGAUAUCAACGAGUGCAGCGUGUUCUCAAACAUCUGCGUGUAUGGCGAGUGUGAAAACAUCCUCGGCAUGUUUCGCUGCAUCUGCAACCCUGGAUACCGGCUAGACGAGACCGGAGGCAACUGCACGGAUAUCGACGAGUGCAGCAGUCCAGCGUCGUGUCAGCACGGUACGUGCGUCAACACGCUGGGUUCCUACGUGUGCCAGUGCCCGCCAAACUACAGCUUGGCACCGAGCGGGACAGGCUGCGUUGAUUCCAGGCAGGACCUGUGCUACAAGGACGUCAGGGGCAACUUCUACGGUCGGGGCAUCUGUCUGUCCCCCAUCGACACUCCCAUGUCCCGAGCAACCUGCUGCUGUACCGUGGGUGCCGCGUGGGGCCGGGGCUGCGACAUCUGCCCAGCCAAGAACACCACCGAAUACAAAGAGCUGUGUGCUGGAGGACCGGGAUUUCGACCAAAUAUUGAAACCGUUGAGCUUGAAGACAUAGACGAGUGCGCCGAGUUGGACGGCGUCUGCCGGGACGGCCGCUGUUCCAACACCUUUGGCAGCUUCUUGUGCGUCUGCCCAGACGGUUAUACCCUCGACGACUCGCAGCGUGCCUGCAUUGAUGUGAACGAGUGCGACCAGUAUCCCGACGUCUGCGGGCCGGGCACCUGCUUCAACUCGGAUGGGAGCUUCAGGUGCCACUGUCCACCCGACUACGUGGUCGUGCCGGGAGGCAAAUCCUGUGUGGACAUGCGCAAAAACACAUGCUACAAGCACGUCGAGAAGGACGAUCCGCGUCGUGCUCCCACCUGCAGUCAUCCGAUGCUCUUCAACCAGACCAAGAUGACGUGCUGCUGUUCUGUGGGCAAGGCCUGGGGAAGCUUUUGCGAGCCUUGUCCCGAACUGAACUCGGCCCAAUACAAGGCUCUCUGCAGCAGCACCCCUCUGGGCACCAUCAUGAACCCCAUUACACAUGUCAUUGAUGAUGUGGACGAGUGCCAAGGCAUGGUCUGCCAAGAAGGUCGAUGCACGAACACCAUCGGCAGUUUCGUCUGCCAGUGCUACGACGGAUUCCGCUACGACCCAAACCUGAUGACGUGCGAAGACAUCAACGAAUGCCAGGAGAACCCCGGCAUCUGCAGCGGCACGGCCAAGUGCGUCAACGAACGUGGAAGUUACGAAUGCCGCUGCCCUGAUGGCUACGAGUCGUCCUCCAGUCACCGUGGAUGCGAUGAUGUGGACGAGUGCAAACAGCCGCACAUCUGCCAGAAUGGCGUCUGCAUCAACUUGGACGGAGGGUUCCAGUGUACCUGCAAUCCCGGCUACUACUCAACUCCUGCUGGAGAUACGUGCAUCGACUUCGACGAGUGCGCACGUAGUCCCGGAAUAUGCUCCAACGGAAUGUGCGAGAAUGUGCCCGGGUCGUACCGCUGCGUCUGCAACCCUGGCUUCCAACUGUCACCCGACAACGACUGUUAUGAUGUGGACGAAUGCAGAACUCAGUAUAGGAUCUGCCACAACGGCAGGUGCCGCAACACCAUUGGCAGCUUCCAGUGCCACUGUCAGGCUGGCUACCAGCUCAGCCCCGACGGUCGCAGCUGCGUAGACGUCAAUGAGUGUGAGACAGAAGUCUGCAACAAGGGCUCCUGUCGCAAUUCAGAGGGCUCCUUCGAAUGCACCUGCCCCGAGGGAUACCAACUGUCUCACGACGGGUGGGAGUGUGUUGAUGUGGACGAGUGCCUGUCGAUAUCUCAGCUCUGUCUCGGCGGUGUCUGCGAAAACACCGAAGGCGGCUUCCGCUGCUCCUGCCCCCCUGGAUUCAAGCUGUCGGCCGACGCGCGCGGAUGCAUAGACCUCCGUCAGAAACAGUGCUUCCGGAGCUACCAGAGGGGCCAAUGCAGCGACCCCCGACCUGGCAACACAACGCGAAAUCAGUGCUGCUGCAUGCAGGGAUCGGCCGCCUGGGGUGACUCACCCUGCGAACGUUGCCCGGAUCCAACCGAAAGCACCUUUAGGCACAUCUGCCAAGCUGGCCUUGGCUUUAUCGAAGAGGACGGCAUAACAAUUGAUAUCAACGAGUGCAUGAUGAGUCCCGACAUCUGUCAGAAUGGAGAAUGCAUCAACACAGACGGUUCCUACCGGUGCCAGUGCGAGCCCGGGUUCAAGCUUGACCCUUCGGGACACGUUUGCUUAGACGAAGACGAGUGUGCAGAGAAGAGGACAAUAUGCGGGAAUGGAACCUGCUCGAACACGCUGGGAGGCUUCGAGUGCCAUUGCGGCGAAGGAUUCACACCCGGAAUAAGAAAUGUCUGCGAAGAUCUCAACGAGUGUGUUCUGGGCAUUGACGACUGCGCCUUCCGCUGCCUCAACACUGCUGGCUCGUUUCGCUGCACUUGCCCCUAUGGCUACACUUUAGCGCCAGAUGGAAAGCAUUGCCAAGAUUUGGACGAGUGCGCAUCUGGAGAUCACGGCUGUCGCUAUGCUUGCAAAAACCUUGUGGGGACGUUUCAGUGCAUAUGUCCCGAUGGCAUGAGAUCAACUGGCCGCGGAGACGACUGCACAGACAUUAACGAGUGUCAAGAAAAUCCCGACAUCUGCCAGAACGGAGAGUGCAUCAACACGCACGGGGGUUAUCGCUGUCGCUGCUACCACGGCUUUGAGCCUAGCAGCAACGGAAAGCAGUGUUUAGACAACAGACUUGGAACCUGCUACCAAACAGCAAGCUCGUGCCCCAACUCAAACGGCCAGCUGGGUCUGACGUCGCGCGACGAAUGCUGCUGCAGCGUCGGCAUAGUCUGGGGCUCUCACUGUGAAGCGUGUCCGCAGCGGAACACGCAAGAGUUUAACUCGCUAUGCGAACUCGGCACGGGAUUCAACAAGGACGGGCAAGAUGUCAACGAAUGCGAGACCUUGCCGCACCUGUGCAACAACGGGCGCUGCAUCAACACACAGGGCUCGUACCGCUGUCUCUGCAACCGGGGGUACAAGACGGACCCCACGGGGACACGCUGUGUCGAUGUCAACGAGUGUGAGCUCCCGGUUUCACCGUGCAAGUCCAAGUGUCUCAACACAGAGGGCAGCUACAUCUGUUCCUGCGAUGACGGCUAUGUCCUAGCAGAAGACAAAGUCUCCUGCAAAGAUGUGGACGAGUGCGCGACGGACAGACACAACUGCGAGCACUCGUGCAUCAACACUCAGGGAAGCUACCGAUGCUCCUGCAAAGACGGCUACAACGUACUCGAGAGCCAGUGCUUGGACGUCAACGAGUGCCGUGAGCAACCGCACCUCUGCGCUCCGAGCGGAACGUGUACCAACAUGCCGGGAAGUUACAGGUGCAAUUGCCCCCGUGGCUACAUCACGGAUGCUUCGGGGCAGUCUUGCAAGGACACGGAUGAAUGUGCGGAUCCGAGCAGGUGUCCGCACGGUUGUGAGAAUCUCGAAGGCUCGUACCGCUGCACAUGCCCACCAGGGUUCAAGCAGCACCCCUACUGGAACCAGUGUCUGGACGACAACGAAUGUCUGUCGCAGCCGUGUGGAACGGCAAACUGCGUCAACACUGUGGGCAGCUACUCGUGCAACUGCCCCAAUGGAUUCAGUUUCGACGAGAUCAUGACCAGCUGUGUCGGAGGCAGUGGAUGCUCCAACAGCCCGUGCCUCUUCGAGUGCAUGCCCACCGGAUCUGGAGGCUUCCUCUGCAGCUGCCCGGAAGGAUACCAGCGCAUUGGACAAGGGCACUGUCUCUCCACGCAUCCCGAGAGUUCAACCCUGGGUCCUGGAAAGGGCGUGCCGGGGGACGUGGGGAUACCCGCCUACGAUGUUGGCAACGCCGGGCCCCAGGACCCCGACAAGGUCAUCUCGACCGAAGGAUGCUACUCCUGCAAGCUCAACGGCGGGAGCGUACAGCGCGCGCGGAGGGGACUCAACAAUGGAACGUCGUCUCGGAGGCUCACCCGGAGGUCUACUCAGAAGAAGGAAACGGAAGAGCAGACAAUGGCACACAAGAGGAGACACCUCAAGUCUCGUUGGGACGUCAUCAAGGUGACGCUGCCUCUACGCCAAGCGCAGGUGCACCAAAACAUCCUCGACAUCCGGCCAGCCUACAAGCACCUCAGGGACGACAAGAACUACCACGUGCUGCAUGGUGUCGACCGCAACCGCUUCAGCGUCGUAAGAAGCGAUGGCGGAGUGACGCUGCAGCUCGCAGAAUCCAUCAAGAAGGCCGGACUCUACAAGGUCAACAUCGAGCCGAAGUCCGUCGGAGGAAGAGGCGGAGAACCAAUCGAGAGCGUUCCGCCUUCGAGUCCACUUGGCGGUCACGGAGUGAAAAGUCACGGAGUGAAAAGUCACGGAGGGCACGCCGGUCCUCCUCAUAGUCUCCAGCGAUGCACCGAGAUCUAGGGCGUCGUAAAAGUGCCACAUUUUUUUUUUCUCAUUAAAACAUUACAACAAAUUA